AUGGAGCAGAUUUGCGCUGCAUUGGAGCCGCAGUUCCCAUGUCGCGAGACCACUAUAAAAACAUUGGGGGAGCUAAUUGGCAACUGCGAAGAGGCUUAUCCUGCGGCCAUAUAUUUAUUUGGACACACCGGCACGGGCAAAUCUGCACUAACUAAGGCAUUCUUGCAGCAAUGUAGGAAACAACAAAAGGUGCGCGUCGCGCAAUUAAACGCCAUUGAGUGCUACACCACGAAAAUACUGCUUGAGAACGUGCUGGACGCGCUAGCGCCACAAGGCGCAGAGGAAACGGCCAAGCGAGCAGACAACAUGCUGGAAUUUGUAAAUGAGCUACGUCGAUGGCACGACCAGGAAAACAAUAGUUCCUACCUAAUAGCUGUAGACAAUGCUGAACGCUUGCGAGAUAUGGAUGCUAACGUGCUGCCAGUGCUGCUGCGGCUGCAACAGCUCACUAGCCUGAAUCUUUGCGUGCUGCUUGUCUCACAGCUGCCCUUCGAGAAGUAUUACAACAAGACCGGUCUAAGCGAGAUCAUAACUCUUCACAUGGCACAGUACAACAAAGCGGAGACAUUGCGAAUACUUAGUGCGGACUUUGUUCACGUGCAGCGCCAAUUGCUGGCAGGCCUGAGUGGUAAUGAGAAGGGCCUGCGCAAAUGUGAGCAGGCAAUGACGCCCGAGUUCUACAGCAAUUACCUCAGCCUGUUUCUCAGCGUCUUCUACAAGGCUUGCCGCGAUGUGCCCGAGUUAAAGCUUACGGCUCGCAAGUGUUUUUCUAUCUAUAUAGAGCCUGUACUGGCCGGCACCAUAGAAGCUACAGAUGUCUCGCGCCUCUGGCGACAUAUUGCAGGACCUUUACGCGCGGCCUUAACACAAAUAUACAUGCGCUUCGAUAAGCCUGCAGAUGAGUUGGAACAACAGUCCAAUGAAUCGGACCAGAGUGUGCGCAAGCUGGCGCAGUCGUUGGAGCUACCUUACUAUGGAAAAUAUUUGCUCAUUGCCUCCUUUUUGGCCAGUCACAACUCUGCCAAACAGGAUAAGCGUCUAUUUGUCAAGCAUCAUGGAAAACAAAAGAAACGAAUGCAAACUGUCAAUGCGAAAGCCAAAACCACCGAUAAAAUGUCAACAACGUUGGGUCCCAAAUCAUUCAGCAUUGAUCGUUUACUCGCCAUUUUCUAUGCCAUACUUGAGGAAAAGGUGGGCCUUACCUGCAAUCUGCUUUCGCAAAUCUCCACGCUGGUGCAUUUGAAGCUGCUUAGCUUUGUAUCGGGUGAGCAGAAUAUUAUGGAUGGCUCUGCGCGACUUCAAUGCACAGUCGGUCUUGAGUUUGUGCUCCACAUUGGCAAGGUAGUUGGCUUUAAUGUGCGCCAGUAUCUGUGCGAUUUCAUGUAA